AAAAUUUUCUAAUUUACAAAAUCACUAGGUCAUGAGGGUUAAGUUUUGGCCGAUUUUCACUGUUCCAUCGCGCUUCUGUUUGCUUCACUUUUUCGAUUCGUUCUUGGAUUAUUCUUUUCUUACACUUCAUUCGACGAUUAACGUUUGAAAACUUCAGACUUAGAUUGAAUUUGUAUAGUUCAAGAGAUUUCCAAAGAAGAUGUAAAUUAGUAUAGUUUGAAAAGAUUUUCAAAGAAGAUGUGAAUAACUCAGUUUCUAACGGUAUUCUGGUAUAGUUUUUGGCGCAUUCUUUUGAAUCGGCAGUCAAAAUCCUUAUCUAAUACUGACAAACGUUCAAAAUACAUAAAAAUAGGAGUUACAGUCUACACAAUCAAGUGAAGCAUUAAUUCUUUUGAAAUCUAUAUAUUUUUUGUUUUUUAUCGGGAGAUUUUAACGGUCAUAUUUGGAUUUUUCAAUUUUUUUAUUGGAUUUUUCCAAUUCGCUGCAAUAUCAGGGAAGCUUCUGAAUAUUCAAAUGGAAGUUUGGAGCCUUGACCUGAAUUCUGAGUUACAGACUUUUCCAUGAAAACGACACAGAAGGUAAUACAGUUAUGGCAAGUUGGAGCAUGUUGUUUUCCCAUUGCAAGCACCAACAACCAAUGCUUUUAACAUCUUAACAGUCCUGCUUCUUUUGGGUGGAAAGAUGGUACAGUGAGAAAUUGUGCAUAGUUUGGGGAAUCAUCUGGGACUUGUGAAUUGUGGGUAUUUAUUUUGGGUUUAUUUGGUGUUGGGUUUGGUAGUACAGUGAAAAAAUUGUGAUUGUAUUUGGUGUUGUUUACAUAUUGGAAACAUAGGUAUUUUGUGUUUGGUGUAAUUGGAGGCAGGUUUGGACUUGGGAGAACAAAGAAAGGAGGUGAUCAAUGGGGGCAAUUAUUGGGGAAGAGUUGAUGAAGUUGGAGAAAAUGCAGGGGAUGGCAAGUGGCGGUGAGGAGAAGAUUCUUGUUUUGGUGAGAUUAAGGCCUUUGAGUGAGAAGGAGAUUGCAAGGAAUGAAGUUGCAGAUUGGGAAUGCAUAAAUGAUACUACCAUUUUGUGCCGGAAUAGCCUCCUAGAGCGACCUGGUCUUCCAACAGCAUAUGCGUUUGAUAGAGUAUUUAGAGGUGAUUGCUCAACGAAGCAGGUGUACGAGGAAGCAACAAAGGAGAUUGCUCUUUCAGUUGUCAGUGGUAUCAACUCAUCUAUUUUUGCAUAUGGACAAACAAGCAGUGGAAAGACAUACACCAUGAAUGGAAUAACAGAGUAUACAGUGGCAGAUAUAUAUGACUGCAUCGAAAGGCAUGAAGAAAGAACAUUUGUUUUGAAGUUCUCUGCAAUUGAGAUCUACAAUGAAGUUGUAAAAGACCUCCUCAGCACAGAGAGUACUCAACUUAGGCUUCUAGAUGAUCCCGAAAAAGGGACCAUUGUAGAGAAACUGACGGAGAAAACUCUCAGGGAUAGGAGCCAUCUCAAGGAGCUCCUGUCCAUCUGUGAAGCUCAAAGGCAAACAGUGGAGACCUAUCUAAAUGAAACAAGCUCUAGAUCUCAUCAAAUCCUUAGACUGACAAUAGAAAGUUCUGCUCGUGAGUUCGUAGGGAAGGACAAGUUAACAACCCUUGCAGCUAGUGUGAAUUUUGUUGAUCUGGCUGGGAGUGAGCGUGCAUCUCAAGCAUUAUCAGUUGGGCAAAGACUGAAAGAAGGCUGCCACAUAAAUCGUAGUUUACUGACUUUGGGAACUGUUAUUCGCAAACUAAGCAAUGGAAGACAGGGACAUGUUAAUUACAGAGAUUCUAAGCUGACUCGCAUACUGCAACCUGCCUUGGGAGGCAAUGCUAGAACUGCCAUUAUUUGCACUUUGAGCCCAGCACGGAGCUAUGUUGAGCAAUCUAGAAACACUCUCUUUUUUGCUAGUUGCGCAAAGGAAGUGACCACAAAUGCACAAGUCAAUAUAGUGAUGUCCGAUAAAGCCUUGGUGAAAUAUUUGCAAAAAGAGGUGGCCAGAUUGGAGAGUGAGUUAAGAACUCAAGGCUCUACUUGUGAUUAUACGUCAUUGCUGAGACAAAAAGAUCUGCAGAUUGAGAAGUUGGAGAAAGAGGUGAGAGAGCUAACUAAGCAACGGGAUCUUGCUCAAUCUCGGGUCGAGGAUUUACUACGAGUGGUUGGAAAUGAGCAUUUUUCAAGGCAAGGGGAUGUACUUAAUGAAAACGCAAAAUUGCAAGGAAACAGCACAUGCGAAGAUGAAUGUUCAGUAUCAGAGGCAUCGGAUGGAACUGAUCCUCAUUAUGUGGAUGUUGGUGCCAGAAAAAUCAAUGCAACCCAAUCUUUUGACGUUAGCCCGAAGGCUGACUAUUUAACAAAUGCAACCCAAUCUUCUAACGGAGACAACAGAAACAAUGGCCCCCCCUACCUACGGUCUCCAGAAGAUGAGAGAGACCAUUCUGUUUCUGAUAGCACUUCUUCACCACUGUCAAAUAGAAGCAAGUCUGCUCUAUCUGAUCGAUGUCAGGGAAUGGAUGAGUUUGCACUGAAAACUGGGGAAGAUUCUGAUGGCAUCUGCAAGGAAGUUCAAUGUAUUGAGAUGGACGACUGCAGAAAGGGCCAAACCUGUGAAUCCUUUGCCUUGUCCAACGGUGAGAAUGAAGGGCCACCAUUGACUGUGUCUGACAAUGUUCAUAUGGCAGUUCAAGAAUUGGUUUCAAGCCCACUUAGAGUAGUAAGUCACAUCCAAAAUGAUUUUACUUACACAGUGUUGGAGCAGAAAAUCCAAGAUGUGCAAAAGGUCGUCAACUCUCUAGCCAGCCCAUUCCCUGAUGAACCAUCUCCAUGGUCCCUGGGAGUGGAUAUGUCAAGUUCUAGAAGGCUGAAGUUAACUAGGAGUCACAGUUGUAGAGCCAAUCUCAUGGCUGGGUCACUUUCAUCAGACUCUGAGACAGUAGAAGAAAGUGAGAGAACCCCACCUAAUGGGUUUGAGAGGCAGUUUCCUGGAAGACCAGAAGGCCACCAAAGGAAACAUUGGAAGCUUCUUCCAUUGAAUUAUGAUACCUAUACUUCUAGGUUGUCAAGAAAUGAUUCGCAAUCUUCCAUCGGUAGUGCUUUCAUAAAUGAUCCAAAAGCUCAUCACCAGGCUGCUGGAAAUGAGGAUAUUCCUAGCAUUGGUACUUUUGUUGCAGGGCUGAAGGAAAUGGCCAAGCUUCAGUAUGAGACACUUCUUGAUGAUCAGGUUCCAGAGAGAGAACCAAAGGCUGAAAAGUCUCGAAUGGAUGUCAAAGAUGUAGGAUUGGAUCCAAUGCAGGAUACAUUGGGAGAUUCUUCAGAUUGGCCCUUGGAGUUCGAAAGGUUGCAGAAAUUGAUUCUUGAACUGUGGCAAACUUGUAAUGUUUCAUUGGUUCACAGGACAUACUUCUUCCUUCUUUUCAAAGGCGAUCCAAUGGAUUCUAUUUACAUGGAGGUAGAGCAUAGGCGACUUUCCUUCCUCAAGGAAACAUUUUCCAAGGGAAAUUUAACUGUGCAAGAUGGUCGAAAUCUGACAUUGGCCUCAAGCAUGAAAGCUCUUCGCCAUGAGAGGGAGAUGCUGAGCAGGCUUCUAAAUAAAAUGUUUUCAAAGGAGGAUAGAAAAAGAAUGUACCAGAAAUGGGGUAUCAGUUUGGACUCAAAGCGGAGGAGGUUGCAGCUGGUCCAGCGAUUGUGGGGUGACACGAAGGAUAUGAACCGCAUUACUGAGAGUGCUGCAAUUGUUGCACAGCUGAUCCGGUUCUCUGAGCAGGGACAGGCACCCAAAGAGAUGUUUGGGCUUAGCUUCACACCACCACACAUGAGCCGGAGAUCCUUUAGCUGGAAGCGCAGCAUGGUAUCCCUUUUGUAAGCUACUUGUAUGCUCGCGCACAAAACAGUAUAGGCGUGAUUUGCCGAACCAUGUUGACUACUACAUAAACAGAUUUUUGCAGAUUGUGGCAGAAUUGUAACAAUUUUGUUUAUCUUAUUAUGUUAGGCUGAUAUCGUGCUAUGGAAAUUUCGCAUUUUUAUGGUUCAUGUGUAUUGGAUUACGAAUAUGAUUUGUAAGUGUUAACCAAAAAACAGAAAGAAUACGAUUUACCAGUUUGAUUCUUAUAUUUGUCAAG